CAACAUUACUACAUCAUAAACAAACAGCCCAACAAGGCCGCCAACUAAUAUUGGACAGGUUGUAGGGAAAAAGGAGAGUCCGACCCUACCUGAACCAUGGAUGUCUGUAGGAUGACUUUGUUACUGAUGGUGGCCGUGACCUUAGUUGCGAUGUCAUUGGGCUGUUACUGUGGGCUGAGACACCCACAGCAAAUCUUCUGCGAGUCCGAUUUCGUGGUGAAAGUACACGUCAUGGAAAUGGAGGAAGUAUAUGACAACUCAAUUCCUCGCCAUUCGUUUCCGCUCCAGGUUGUGUACACCGUCGAUAUCGACAAGGUAUACAAGCAAUCUGACAAGUUUAACAACGCCGACCACUUACAUCUGCUUACCGGCGGUUCGGAAGGGACUUGCCGACAGGACCUUCAAGUCGGACACAGCUACGUUAUAAUGGGAAAUGUACAUGAUGGUUCAAUGCACCUUCAUUUGUGUGAUUGGACCUCUAGAGUAGAAGACCUCACCGAACACCGGAUUAGGGGUCUUCGAUACAAAUACAGAAAAGGCUGUAACUGUGAGAUAAAGAGAUGUUUCGGUGACCAAUGCAACAACUUAAGCAACCAAAACGACACGUGUCCGUGGAGAAAUGUUAAUGAAUGUGAAGUUGAGUAUGGUUUCUGUACAAACAGACCGGAUACUGGAUGCUCCUGGAGACGAAACGGCAUGCGAAGAGGGUGUUUAGAGAGUUUGAAUAUCGCAUGAUAUGAUCACUUGUAUUACACGACAAAUCAAUGACAUAAUGCAAAGACAUGCUGCAACAAUAAAUGAUUGUCUUUCGGA